AUGGAAGAUCUCGAGAAUUGGAGUUGGGAGACCGACCAUGGGGGACGUAGCAUGACAGAGGAGUCAACAGAAGGCGGUACAGGAAUACUGACCACGGUCUUCACGAUUCCUUUGGCUAUUCCUAGGGAGGUCAAAUCCAGUCGGAAGAGGGACCUCAAGCAAUGGAGGCGUCGGAGUUCCAUCGUCGAGAAUCAAAGACUCCGCUACGAGAAGAAUCGCAACCAUUGGAGACUUCACAAGCUCUUGUCAAAAUGGGUACCGCCAGAUUUGGAUGCUGACAGUGACUUACAGAAUUGGUACAUGUACUUUACAGACAAACGCCACGAGACAAAUGGUAAUCCCAAGCCCAAGUCUCAAAGUUACGAACUCCAAGAUUGGAGAAUGAAAGAUCGUUUGAAGACUGUCUCUGCUGCGUUGGCAAUAUGUCUGAACAUUGGAGUUGAACCUCCCGACCAGCUCAAGACAAACCCAGGUGCGAAAAUGGAAGCAUGGCAAGAUCCCACGACCCCUCCUGUUGCAAAGGCACUAGAGAUCAUCGGAAAAGCCUUGCAAGCCCAGUACGAGACACUUGCAAUUCGUACACGGUACAAGCAGUACCUUGACCCAUCUGUGGAAGAGACGAAGAAGUUCACGCAGUCUCUAAGAAGAAAUGCUAAGGAGGAGAGGGUACUAUUUCAUUACAACGGUCAUGGUGUCCCAAAGCCAACUGCAUCUGGAGAAAUCUGGGUCUUCAACAAGAACUACACACAGUACAUCCCAGUUUCCCUGUACGACCUUCAAACCUGGCUACAGGCUCCUACAUUCUAUGUCUGGGACUGUUCAGACGCUGGCAACAUUCUCAACAACUUCCACCGCUUUGUUGAAAAGCACAAGCAGGAGGAAGCUGAUAACCUUGCCAAGGAUCCCAAUUACAUCACCCAAGCUUUCGAGCCAUACAUCCACCUAGCAGCCUGUGGUGUGAAGGAGAACCUCCCUACCAACCCCUUACUACCAGCAGAUGUCUUCUCAUGCUGUCUUACUACACCCAUUGAGAUGGCACUAUGGUUCUUCGUCCUUCAAAACCCACUUCCAUCUCAAAUCACACCCGAGAGAGCCAAGAAGCUUCCAGGAAGAUUACAGGAAAGACGAACACCGCUUGGAGAGCUCAAUUGGAUCUUUACUGCCAUCACCGACACGAUUGCCUGGACUACUCUGCCUCGUCCUCUCUUUCGAAAGUUCUUCAGACAGGACCUGAUGGUCGCAGCUCUAUUCAGAAACUUCCUUUUGUCGCAGCGAAUCAUGGCUGCCUACAACUGCCAUCCUCAAUCGUAUCCCGAGCUUCCAGAUACCCACCAACAUCCCUUAUGGGAGAGCUGGGAUCUGGCUGUAGAAAUGGCUCUCUCCCAAUUGCCCAUGUUGGAAGACAAGGAGAACGGAAUCAGACCAGACUACGAGUUCCAGAAUUCGAGUUUCUUCACUGAGCAGCUGACUGCGUUUGAAGUCUACCUGACGCAAGGAGCUGUGACACACAAGGCUCCAGACCAGCUUCCAGUUGUUCUGCAAGUUCUGCUAAGUCAACAGCACCGUGUUCGGGCAUUGAUCCUCCUGGGCAAGUUCUUGGAUAUGGGUCCUUGGGCAGUGAACUUGGCUCUGAGCAUUGGAAUCUUCCCAUAUGUUUUGAAGCUGUUACAGUCUGCUGCGAAUGAGCUGAAGCCGGUAAUGGUGUUCAUUUGGACUAGAGUUUUGGCUGUUGAUAUUACCUGCCAAACCGAUCUCCUGAAAGACAGUGGUUACAUGUAUUUUGCGGCAAUUCUGAAGCCGACAGAAGGACUUCCUGUGGUUGACAGUCUUGAGCAUAAAGCUAUGUGUGCUUUCAUCCUAGCAAGACUAUGUGAUGGCUAUAAGCAAGGCCAGACUGUCUGCAACCAGUCAGAGAUUAUGAGUUACUGUUUGAUCCACCUCCAGAAUGGUGAUAACCCUCUUCUACGCCAAUGGGCAUGUCUUUGCAUCAGUCAGCUGUGGAAAGAUCUUCCAGACGCGAAGUGGAGGGGUAUUCGCGAGAACGCGCCAUCUAAGCUGGCUUUCUUGGUCCGAGACGUGUGUUGUGAGGUUAGAGCUGCAAUGCUUUACGCCAUGACCACAUUCCUGGGCAUCACAGAUCUCACUGACGAAGUGGCACGGAUUGAGGAGAAUAUCUCAUGGACCGUCAUGGAAAUGACCAACGAUGGAAAUGCGAUGGUACGCAAGGAGCUCUUGGUAUACUUCUCGAAGUUCAUCCACCGCUACGAAAACAAGUUCCUCGUUGCUGCUUAUGAGUACAUGAUGGAAGAGAAAGAAUACCGCCUAUUCCCACCUGCAAAUGAUGGCAGGGAGCACAAGAUGGGACUACAUUACGCGAGACCAGCCAAUCGGGAUGGAACCGGCGCUAUCAAGGCCACCGCUCAUGGCGUGGCUCACAACUCGAUAUUUGCCGCUGUCUGGAAGCAUAUUAUCAUCAUGUCGGUAGAUCCUCAUCCUGAGGUCGGGCGAAAUGCCAAAAUCAUCAUGGACUACAUACUGUCUGCCCUGCUGCAGUCUCCACUAGCUGAGCGCGUCCUACAGAUGCAAGAAGAUAUGCAGAGGAUUGAUGCACGAGCAGCAGCAUCAGCAACUAAACAGUCAAAACAAACGACAGAUGUUCGCCCUAAUACACCUAUGGGACAGGAGGUGAACAAUGUUGCGCCACCUACCCCUGGACUGUUGAAACGAACGGCCAGUUAUUUGUUUACAUUACCAUUUGGUGGAUCCAGUUCCGACAACUCGCCCUCGGAUAGUGUAAGCAGUCGACACCCUCUCAAGUCUCCAAGUCUACGGGGCCCCACCAAUCCUCGGUCCAGGCUACCGGCUGAAUUUAACCCUGCUGCUGAACAGAACGACCCUCCUCCAACACCCGGAGUCUACCACGCAGCGAAGGAGCCGAUGUCUGGCGACUAUCAUCCACGCGAUAUCUCCACUCCUCCCAUGAUACCUUUAGAAAGUACCUUUUUCGAGUGGUCAAUCGAAUACUUCCGAGAACCUCAGAUGAAGCCAAAUGAGGCAGAGGAGCCUGGUAGCACUGACUACAAUGAGCGCUUAUGGAGGAGAUCGCGCAAUGAAGCUAUUCUGCGCGAAACUCAGCCACAGAAGGAGAUUGCUGGAAGUGGAAAGUGGACCACGCCUGCAGGAUUCUUCAACAACCAAAGUCAGCCUUCAAAAAUGGCAUUUCAUCAAUUUGAGGACCAUCUAGCCGUUUCAGAUGAUCGAGACAUCAUCAGCAUCUGGGAUUGGAAGAAGUCUGGUAGACUCAACAGAUUCUCAAACGGCAAUCCUGAGCGUUCUAAAAUUACAGGCCUUCAGUUCAUCAACGAAGAUGACCAAGCAUUCCUACUGACUGGCGCCGACGAUGGUGUGAUCCGAAUCUAUAGAAACUAUGAUUCUGAAAAGAAGAUUGAGGUCGCUUCAGCAUGGCGAGCCUUAACUCAUCUUGUUCCGAGCAAUGUGAAUGCAGGAACGGUAUUCGACUGGCAACAAGUCUCCGGUAAGCUCCUUGUGGCAGGAGACGUCAAGGUCAUCCGCGUCUGGGCUGCAGCCCCAGAACUCUGUGUCGUUGACAUCAAUGCCCGUUCCGGCUCCUGCGUUACAUCACUCACGUCUGACCAAAUGACUGGCAAUACUUUCGUCGCUGGUUUCGGAGACGGUGCAAUCCGUGUUUUUGACGCACGGAAUAGACCUCAAGAAGCCAUGGUCAAGAAAUGGAAAGAUGAGAAUAAUGGUGUCUGGAUCAAAGCUGUGCACAUGCAGCGAGGUGGUCAGCGAGAGCUCGUUUCCGCUAGCAUCAAUGGCAAGGUCAAGCUUUGGGAUAUUCGCAUGGAUAAGUGUCUUCGCACAAUUAAGACUACAAAUGAUGGUCUCCGCACGGCAAGCAUCCAUGAACAUCUGCCUGUGUUCUCUGUCGGAACAACGAACCACACCGUUAAAGUCUUCAACUUUGAAGGCACACAACUCUCACGUGUUGAACCCUACUCCAGCUUCCUCCGCGGCGUCACACCUAUAUCCGCCACAUCCUUCCAUCCUCAUCGCAUGAUGCUUGCAUGCGCAGCAAAGAGCGACACGCACAUCAAUCUCUUCACAUGUGUUGAGAAGAAACCUGCCAUUGUGCAGGAAUACUAA